ACCCCCCCCCCUCUUUUCUGCUUGCCUUGCACUAUGUGCCUGGAUAGUUUGUGGAUAUAAUUAUUGACUGGCGUCUGGGCUAUUGCAGUACGGGGGGGUUAGGGAGGAAGGAAUCCACCCCCACCCCCCCAAACCCUUUUUUCUCUUUCUCUGGGAUCGGACAUUGGAGCACUAAAUGAACUUGAAUUGUGUCUGUGGCGAGCAGGAUGGUUGCUGUUACUUUGUGAUGAGAUCUGGGAUGAAUUGCUCGCUUUAAAAAUGCUGCUUUGGAUUCUGUUGCUGGAGACGUCUCUUUGUUUUGCGGCUGGGAAGGGGACAGGGGACGUUUGUAAAGAGAAGAUCUGUUCUUGCAAUGAGAUAGAAGGGGACUUACACGUAGACUGUGAAAAAAAGGGCUUUACAAGUCUGCAGCGCUUCACCGCCCCGACUUCCCAGUUUUACCAUUUAUUCCUGCAUGGCAAUUCCCUCACUCGACUUUUCCCUAAUGAGUUCGCUAACUUUUAUAAUGCGGUUAGUUUGCAUAUGGAAAACAAUGGCUUGCAUGAAAUCGUUCCGGGGGCUUUUCUGGGGCUGCAGCUGGUGAAAAGGCUGCAUAUCAACAACAACAAGAUCAAGUCUUUUCGAAAGCAGACUUUUUUGGGGCUGGACGAUCUGGAAUACCUCCAGGCUGAUUUUAAUUUAUUACGGGAUAUAGACCCGGGGGCCUUCCAGGACUUGAACAAGUUGGAAGUCCUCAUUUUAAACGACAAUCUCAUCAGCACCCUACCUGCCAAUGUAUUCCAGUAUGUGCCCAUCACCCACCUCGACCUCCGGGGAAACAGGCUGAAAACACUGCCUUAUGAGGAGGUUUUGGAGCAGAUCCCUGGCAUUGCUGAGAUCCUGCUAGAGGAUAACCCUUGGGACUGCACCUGUGAUCUGCUCUCUCUGAAAGAAUGGCUGGAGAACAUUCCCAAAAAUGCCCUGAUCGGCAGAGUGGUCUGCGAAGCCCCCACCAGACUACAGGGGAAAGACCUCAAUGAAACCACUGAACAGGACUUAUGUCCUUUGAAAAACCGAGUGGAUUCUAGUCUCCCGGCUCCCCCAGCCCAGGAAGAGACCUUCGCUCCUGGCCCCCUGCCAACUCCUUUCAAGACAAAUGGGCAAGACGAGCAUGCCACCCCAGGGUCUGUUCCAAAUGGAGGUACAAAGAUCCCGGGCAACUGGCAGCUCAAAAUCAAACCCACACCACCGAUAGCAACUGGGAGCGCCAGAAACAAACCCCCAGUACAAGGCUUGCCCUGCCCCGGAGGCUGCAGCUGUGACCACAUCCCAGGCUCAGGCUUAAAGAUGAACUGUAACAACCGGAACGUGAGCAGCUUGGCUGAUUUGAAGCCUAAGCUCUCCAAUGUGCAGGAGCUUUUCCUUCGAGAUAACAAGAUCCACAGCAUCCGAAAAUCACACUUUGUGGAUUACAAGAACCUCAUUCUGUUGGAUCUGGGCAACAACAACAUCGCGAACAUAGAGAACAACACUUUCAAGAACCUCUUGGACCUCAGGUGGCUGUACAUGGAUAGCAACUACCUGGACACGCUGUCCCGGGAGAAAUUUACUGGGCUGCAGAAUCUGGAGUAUCUGAACGUGGAGUACAACGCGAUUCAGCUCAUCCUCCCUGGUACUUUUAAUGCCAUGCCCAAGCUGAGGAUUCUUAUUCUCAACAACAACUUGCUGAGGUCGCUACCAGUGGACGUUUUUGCUGGGGUCUCCCUGUCUAAGCUCAGCCUGCACAAUAACUACUUCAUGUACCUCCCAGUGGCAGGGGUGCUGGACCAGUUAACCUCUAUCAUCCAGAUAGACCUGCAUGGCAACCCCUGGGAGUGCUCCUGCACCAUUGUGCCUUUCAAGCAAUGGGCAGAACGGCUGGGCUCCGAGGUGCUGAUGAGCGACCUCAAGUGUGAGACGCCGGUGAACUUCUUUAGGAAGGAUUUCAUGCUGCUCUCCAAUGACGAGAUCUGCCCCCAGCUGUACGCGAGGAUCUCGCCCACGUUAACUUCGCACAGUAAAAACAGCACUGGGUUGGCGGAGACCGGGACGCACUCCAACUCCUACCUAGACACCAGCAGGGUGUCCAUCUCCGUGUUGGUCCCGGGACUGCUGCUGGUGUUCGUCACCUCCGCCUUCACCGUGGUGGGCAUGCUCGUGUUUAUCCUGAGGAACCGAAAGCGGUCCAAGAGAAGGGAUGCCAAUUCCUCAGCGUCCGAAAUUAAUUCCCUACAGACAGUCUGUGACUCUUCCUACUGGCACAAUGGGCCUUACAACGCAGAUGGGGCCCACAGGGUGUACGAUUGCGGCUCUCACUCACUCUCAGACUAAGCUCUAGACCCUAAAGGGGAGGAGUGAAGGAGGCGAUGUAUCCUCCUCUGCCGCCAGCAUCUCGGGGGAGCAGGAGAACAUUGACCCAGAUCUAGCGUGUCACAAGCCCCGAUGGACAUAAGUAAAUAAAUAACUAUGAACUCAUUCAGCUAAGAGGGUCUGGCCCCUAAGCUCCCGUCUGAAAACAAAGAGCAGACUGUGGAGCUGCAAGCACAGCUCGCUAGCUCUUUGCUCCUAGCUCCUUUUGACUGAAAGCCCAGCAUGGGGCCUGCCAGAAGAAUUGAGCGCCCUUGCGCCCUUGCUCGGGCCAAAAGUCCCUUGGGGCUGGCUGCAGUGGCUCUAUACAUAUAUACAUAUAUCACAUCUAUAUAGAGAGAUAGAUAUCUAUUUUUCCCCCCCGUGGAUAGCCCGAAGAUGGCUCCCUGUUGGUUAUGCAGGGAUGGGCAGUUGCACAAAGGCAUGAAUGUAUUGUAAAUAAAUAACUUUGACUCCUGACAAGAACAAAAAACAAAAAGUGCUGCAUGGCUCGCAUGGAAUCCACACCACGCUCCAGGGACUCUGCCCCCCCCCCCAACUCCAACUCCCCACUGCGAUUGGAGACGGCGUCACAGCACCCAUCCUCUUACCUGAUAAGUCCCAUCGUAUCAAACUUUCUAUAAACAAAAUACAGUAUAAUCAGAAAGUGCCAUUUUGCCAUUAUUUGUGAUUGGUAGGCAGUUCAGAGAGUAUGUUUACUGUGAAAAAAAAUGUAAAGGUUUUAUUUAAGACAUUUGCAUGGCUAGUCAUCCGUCCAUUUUAUGAGUUAACGAUGUAUUUUGUUGAGCAAAGUUUUUAAGGGUUGUUUUGGAUUAUUUUAUUUUGAUGGUGAUGUUUGACUUUAUUUUAAUUUCUGAGGGGGAAUAUUUUUCUAUACAUAUCCAAUAAUGCCUUCCAUCUGAAUGUAAAAUAAGUACCCAUGAUUUCUAUUAUAGUACCAGUGUAAUUAUUUAAGAAAAAAGAUUCUGGGGCAGUUAAGCAUGACCAAUUAAUGUCACUCUAGUGCUUAGGCUGCGAUCCUAUGGUAGCAAUUGUGUGCUGGUAUACAUCUUACUUAUAAAGUAGGAACAAAGAACAGAGGAAGCACGUGAAACUUACUAAUUCUAUUCGAGGAUUUUAU